UAGAUUGCAUUAUUAUUCAUUUUCCCUAUGUGCAAGACCAAAAUGGCAAUCAACGCCACAAACCCAUCAUCCUCAAGCCCUCGAACCCCUCGAACUUCACGCUCCCAAACCCCAAGGACAACAACAUCAAGACCAACAAACAUCCUUCAACCUUCAAGAACUUUCUCCGAACCUUCAACCUCGUACGCCAGCUCCACAGGCUCCACCGGCUACAGACUCUCCUCCGACACCUCCACUACAAGCAGAGCAUCUCUCGCCACUCUCCGCGACAGCCUCCCAGAAAACCCAAACAUUUACGACUUCUCCGAGAUCUGCUCCGCCACCAACAACUUCCUCUCCAAGCGCCACUCCUCCUCAACCCCUUGCUGGCGAUGCACCCUCCGCGGCGCUGACGUCAUUGUUUUCCAGCGCAAGUUCCGCCGCAAACUCCAAACCUCCCAGCUCCGGGAGCUCCUCUCCGUCAUCUGCCGCAGCCACCACGUCAGCAUCAUAAAGCUCCUCGGCGCGUCAAUCUCCGGCGACCACAUCUACCUUGUUUACGAUUUCGUCAACGGAGCUAACCUCUCCGAUUGUCUCCGAAACAAGAAGAACAUUCACUUCACCGUUCUUUCCACUUGGAUGUCGAGAAUGCAGGUCGCCACCGAUCUCGCUCACGCGCUCGAUUACAUUCACAACAAGACCGGUUUGAACAUCAACUUCGUCCACAACCGCAUCAAGAGCAGCGCCGUCAUCGUCACCGACAAUACCUUCAACGCUAGGGUUUGCCAUUUCGGCGCCGCACAGCUUUGCGGCGAGAUCGAGCUAGAAAACGAAACCGCCGCGAAAAAAUUGGGGGAAAUCACGGAGGAACAACCGUCGCCGACGAGAUCCAAAUCGGGGAGCUCCACCGUGCAAUUCGAGGGCGUCCGAGGGUACAUGUCGCCGGAAUUUCAAGCCACCGGCGUUUUGACUCAGGAGUCCGAUGUGUAUGCUUUCGGGGUGGUGCUGCUGGAGCUGUUGUCAGGGGAGGAGCCACUGACGUUCAAGAUUGAUAAGACCACACGCGAUUUCGUGAAGACGUCGGUGAUUGCGACGGCGAUGGCCGCCGUGGACGGCGGUGGUGGUAGCGUAGAAGGGAAGCUGAGGAAUUGGGUGGAUAGAAGGCUGAAGGACUCGUUCCCGAUCGACGUUGCUGAGAAGCUGACACGUGUAGCGUUGGAUUGCGUACACGUGGAUCCUGAUAAGAGGCCUAACAUGGGACGCGUCGCUGGCAAGAUCUCCACCCUUUAUUUGAAGUCAAAGAAAUGGUCUGAGAGUAUUACGAUGCCUGAUCUUACCGUUUCCUUGGUUCCUCGGUCGAUGCUGUAGCAUCAGGAAGCAGUGCUGUAGCAAUGGAGAUGAGGUCAGCAGUAUAUACUGUUGACAUCAGCACUAGCAAAUCAUGGAUCCAAGCCCAAUUUGGUUAAUGAAGCUUCUGAACGCGUACGAAAAGAUCUGAUUGGAAGACGCGCUCAACAUCAUCAAGAAAUCACAAGAUUAUCUUCAUCAAAUCAAUGAUUACAGAUCGGAUUAAAAUCUAAAUUGUAAAUAUGGAAAGAAUCCUGUGAGAUAUGCUAUAGCACAUGUUGUCACCUUGACAGCAAAACAGAGUGCCAAUCUCAAUCAAUCACAAGGCAGCUUUGAGUGAUGAUUUGCAUGAACUGAAAGAGAUGAUUGAAGCCCAGAAUGUCAGAGCUAUAAAGGAACGAACUCUACACAAAGAACUGCUACGACUGAUAUGUUUUGAGACACCCAAUUGGAGGCAGAUUUAGAAAGAGAAAGUGGAGGAAACACUUGGGAGGAAUUUGAGGGUUCGUUGGGAGAAAUCUCGCGGAUCAAAGGAGGAAGCUGAAGUUCAAUUGAGAUAUCAUUGAACCCAGCAACUUGCUGCACUAUUCCGACGGCUGAGGCAAGGUUGAUGGUGGUGGAGCUCAUGUUGCUGCGAUAGCAGUGCUACAGCAUCGUCCCUGUUUUCUUUACUUUAGAUCUAUGGAGUCUUAUUCUUCCCUUGUUGUUUCUGUUCACCAUAUUAUGGGCUAAUUUAUUAGGAUUAGGUGAUAGA